AAAAACACUCUGAGGUGCACAGGCAUUAGAGCAAGUAUUAGACAUAGGUUAUAAUGGAAGAUGGAGAACUGAACACUAUGGAUGUGAUUAUCCUUCAGAACGGGAGAAAUGGAGAACCUGCAGAAAAUAAGCCUGCAAGGCAGCCUGCUGAAGUGGGGAAGGGAUGCCUCAGUACAAAGAGCAAGGAGCGAACUUUGCAUCACUAAAAGUGUUUCUUCAGCAUGUCCCACGUAUGAUUUUUUUUUUCAAGCUUUUACAUGUCUGAUGUCAGUGACUUAAAGAAACGAUAAAGAAGUACUCCACAUUUGUAUGGAAAAUCUGCUUUACGUAUGAAGUGAGCUGUUAUUUUUGGCAAUCAGGCAUACCAUUUGCAACUGGGAAAAAUCUUUAUCUCGUCCGUGUGACAAGUAUAUUUGGAAUAUUCAACAUAAAUUAUUGACCAGAAAAUGGCCCAGCGAAGCCCAAUCUUCCCAACUCUUGCCCCUUCUGAAAGACGGGUUCGAAACAUAGCACUGCACAGCCAGGCAUUGACAGCGGUCCCGUUGGCAUCUGCAAGCCUGGUGGAUCAGCUGGAAGACAGAAUCCUAAGCCAUGAGAAAACAACGGCGGCUCUUGUGGAACACGCUUUUCGCAUUAAGGAGGACAUUGUUUCCACUCUGCACAGAAUGCAGAACAAAGGGGGGGGUGACCGGUUGGCUAGGCAACUCUUGGAAGAACAUAUCCGAAACAUAACGGCAAUAGUGAGGCAGCUUAAUCGGGACAUUGAGAUGCUGCAGGAACAGAUACGUGUCAGAGACAAUCUCAGCUAUGGAACAAAUUCUACCCUGAAGAGUCUGGAAAUGCGGCAGCUUUCUGGGUUAGGAGAUCUUCGGGGAAGAGUUGCAAGGUGCGAUGCUGGGUUAGCCCGACUGUCUGCAGAGCAUAAAAUUACAUAUGAAAGACUUCAGAGCCUAAGUAAAGACCAACACACAUCCAAGCUGAUCUUAGAAUCCAAAAUCAAAGAGGCAGAAAUACAGAUUUCUCAUCUUCUGAGCAGAGUAGAGCAAUCAAUAAUGCAGCAAGAAGCAAAGCUGAAGAUUGCCUACAAAGAGAGCAACCAACAGCUCCAUCUUCUGGAUACAAAAUUAAAAAAUGCUAUUGAGGAACUCAGCAGCCAGAUUUUGUCUGCACGUAGCUGGUUGGAACAGGAACAUGAAAGGAUUGAAAAAGAACUUGCGCAAAAAAUCGACCAACUCUCAUUGACUUUUAAGGAAAACACUGAAAUGAGUGAAAGAGCUAUAGAGAUGAAAUUCAACCAAAUGGCAGAGAAAAUUGACAAAAUGGAAGAAAUACAGAAGAUAACCAUGGAAGCACAUGAAGCCAAACAGACUGAAGAAAAGAUAAAUAUUCGCAUUGGAAAACUUCAAAAUGAGAUAAAUGAAGAUAUAAAAGAAAUGAAAGCUGAAGUUAAUGCCGGGUUUGCAGCUAUCUAUGAGAGCAUUGGGUCUCUACGGCAAGUCCUAGAAGCGAAAAUGAAGCUGGACAGAGAAGAACUACAGAAGCAGAUCCACCAAAUGAAGCAGGAGGUUCCAACGUGGGGAGAGGCUGGACCAUGACUAGAAGAUUUGGUCUGAGAGAUUAACGUUUACCUGGCUAAAUAGGCAGACUAUAAUCUUGUUCCAGUCUGCAGUACAAAUUAAAUGCAUGUACCAAAUGACAUGCUGCUGUUGCACAGGCCCGUACGCUUGCUCAAAGCAGUAAAUGCAAGCUCUUCACAGACCAGCUGACACCAAGCUUUUACGGGCUGAGGUGCUCAUUUGCCACUGCACUACUCCAGUUGCUCUCAGGAGAAUAAGCACCGUGUAAAACUGGAGUAAUAUAUUGGUGAAGCUGGCACCUAAUUUGCUAAAGGCAUUGCAGUGCUCCCCAGUUUCACACACUUGAUCAGGCAGGUGUAUGCUUAUAGAUAUAUAUAUAAAAGCACCUGCACACACUCCCCUUUUAAAAAAAAAGCAACCAAAAAACCGAAAAAAACCAACCCACACACAAACAAGGUGGCACCAUUUGUUUAGUAUCAGUUUGGCAAGGUUCUACACCAUGAUACAAAUUACUUAAUUGAAGCCAAUGGACAUUUUUACAGUGACUUUCUCUACUACUAACUUCCUGGGGAGACAGAAUUGGUACUAGACAGACCAAUUUUCAAAACCUAGAUACCACCAGAACAUUUUUGUUCAGUUUUGCAAAUAUCCUCUGUGUGUGUGUAAACUAAGUAGUGUUAUAAAAUGUAGUUGUAGACUAAGAUGAUUCAUGAACAACAUAAGAAACUUAAAUCACGUGGUCUUAAGUAUUGUGACCUUUUUAAAUUAACAACCAAGUGGAGCUGAGACAAGGUGUAUAUAGAGUAUUUUAUAACUGGGCAUGUGUUCCUGUGACUUGUUUCAUUAUAUUUGUAAAAACUUUCAAAGGUUUGAAAACAAAAGGGAAGGUGACAAUCUAACAUAGUCUGAAGAAUGUAAUGUAAAAUAAAAUGCAGUUUAUAAUCUGCUUCGAAAUUUUUAUGGAAGUAAAACAACUGACUUCAAAUUUGAAGUAGAGUUUAAUAAUUUAGUAGGUUCAAAUUGCUAAUUGCAUUCACAGUAUUUCCAAAUAAUGGUGCUUAUUUCCACUCCCAGAACAGAUUACAUAAUGAAAAUCAGCACCAAUAUGGCAUAUUAAUCUAGACAGGAAAAUAUAUAUAUGUUGAUUUUGUAUCCUUAUUCAUAGCUUGAUACUGCUCCUCAGUUUGUAAAUCCUGCAGGAUUAGGCAUUUAUGAAGAAUAAAAGACUUAUUCCAGUAUCCUAUUAAUUUAUACUACUAACAGUAAUUCAUAUACAAAACCACUAAUAUUUUAUACAAUCAUUACUGUUAAUUUAAAUAAAUUAAUAGGAUGUCUCUGCA